AGCCUUGUUUACCAGAGGUCUCCUGCAGCUCAAAAGUGUGCUUCCAUGGGGGUUGUGUCGAAUUGCAUUGUUGACGUGAAGGCAAACUUCGACUUUGAAUGUGCUGAUUGUUUCGGCAGCAUAAGUUUGAUGACCAGGGGAGCGUAUGCUUGCUGUAUGGCCAGAAACUGCGAAGGAAAAGAAAAGAUGCCAUAACAUAAUGGAGGAAAGCAGCCUUGAGCUGUUAAACUUACCGCUAUAUAGUCUCUUCAGACACAAGGACUUCCUUCUGGUAAUUGCAUCGAUGCUGGCAGUUCAAUUGACAAGAAAUCGCUCCAAUUCAGGUCAACAGCAUGGCCUCAUACAAACCUUUCGAAAUACUGGGCGCUAUAUCCCCUCCGGCGAAAGGUGUUGCGGUAUGCAGUGCUCCAGAAGGUUUGAUCAACUCAAGCGCAUUCUCCGACAAAGACAAGCAAGAGUACAUUGUUCGAGCACAAAAGUUGAACAUCCUUGUGGAGCAGCUGACAAUAAGGAAUGGAGGACCCUCAAAGAACUCGUUCAAGGUGCGACGAUAAAUAUUGCGGACGAUAAAAAGAUCAUCGAAGCCAGAAGCUGACAGUGGUACACAUCAGGUCUUGCAUACCAGUUUCGACGCUAAUAUGUGUUACGUCGAAGACGUGUACCACAUUCGCUGCAAUCAUUGGGCAGACGAACCUCGCGUCUACCAUUCUUGCGCUGCGGCGAACAGCUCCGGAUCUCAAGAGCAAUGCUUCAACAACAAGAAGUGUGGAUCGGUGCAGGCGGAUUCCUAUUGUCAGAAGUGCAGAAUUCACGCCGAUA